AUGAGAACCAAACGAGCUUCAAGCACACCUACUCCGGUCAUCGACGACGACGACGACUAUGAUGUCCCAGACAUCUUGCAACGCAGUAGCAUGAUGGGUACAGGCUCAUCUUCCACUGGUCAUGCAUCCGUCGAUACCGGCCCGGCGCCAUCCACCCGCAAGACUACCAAAAAGGUCUUCGAACCUUCCAAAGAAGUUCUCAUGAUAGAAAUGAGACUUACUACCGAUGAGAUGGAGAACGCGGUUUACUUGAAAGAAAUGUUCGACGUCAUCAAGAAACGAAUGAAAUUUGAGAACAGCAAAGACUCCCCCGAAGUCAUUGCUGCUGACUGGCACUCGGUCGCGUCUCACCUCUUCCAUUCUGCCCACAGAACCACCAAGGAUCAAAAGUACGAUCGGAAGACCAAGAGGAACUGGUACCUUUGCGAGGAUGAAAAGACCAUGCGCAAACACCCGAACAUCAAGAAGAAGAGUUGCUUCUUCUAUGUUGCGAAAUAUGUUCCAACAUCCCAACCACGCAUCCAAUUGUUCCAGGGAGGCACGGAGGUCGAAGGACCGGUGAUGAAAAAGGAUUGGGACAUGUCCGAUCGGAAGGCUCGAAGUGACUUUGUCUUUUCCGAGGGAGGAACGAAGAAGCGUGGAAAAGCCAAAGCCGGGCAACUACCUGAGACACUGUUACAGGAAGAAGAUGGCGGCACGAGCAGAAGUGUGGAAGGAGAAGGGUGCACACCCCUUGAGCAACUGCGUUCUUGCUCAGCGAAACUUCCUGAGAUCAUCUGUUAAGCGCAGCGCGCGCAACUCAAGAUGAACAUUCGAAUGCAGAUCAUUUGACAACCACACCGUAUCUGAUCAAGCCCAUCGUCGCACCAAGCACGAUGGCAACUGGUGCAUUGACAUUGAACCACAUCCCUCCCACAUAGCUCGUGACUGCCACAACCACCCACCACGGAUCAUCUCCCAAACUCUUCCCAGC